GAAAAAAUAAUGCCAGUGAAAUUGAAAUAAUGUCCGCAUGGUGAUUGAUGAGUAACCCAUUCAUGCAUUUAUCUUGAAAAAUGAUUCGACACCCUCCGACUGGGGAGGUGGGAUGUCCUCUUUCUAUCCACCAAUCUCCGUCCAUUCUCCUCCAUCUCUGGGUUUUUUAUUGCCUCUUAGCGAGUCUUCAAAGAGCCCAGAGCCUGUAAUUAGGGGGCGGGCUCCCCGUGCCUCAAAACACUUCCCCGCGUUGGAGCCCAACUUCUCCCAAAGUGUCCCGGGACUCAGAGCUGCGCUUCUCCCGCUCCCCUCAGCUUCCUUAGGAUUUUGUUUCUCAGGGAUGGCCGCAUCUAUUCUGGAGGUAGGGAAUGUAAUUGAAGACGCACGCUAUGGCUCCAGUCCUCUGGCUAUGUUAACUGCUACCUGUAACAAAUUUGGCAGCACAAGCCCCGUCAGGGAUUCAGCUACACCCGGGAAGACCGGCAGUACUACUCCAGUAAAGAAGCCCUACGCCAUGACCUCUGACCUUCAGACAGCUAAGAACGGGCGGACCGCAGACGGCACUGGCCUGGCGGACUCCUACACUGGCUCCUUCACUGCAGCUGGAGGAGGAGGCAGUGGGCUGCUUACCCCCACUGGAAGCCCCCCUCCUUCAGCUGGAGGCUACACUACAGAAUAUAACCCUUUUUCCCACUCCUUCCAGACCUCCGCCUCCCAGGACCCCUCUCUUUUAGUGUCCAAGGCCCACGCUACGGCCGACUGCCUCACCAGUGUCUAUACCUCGCUGGAUAUGACACAUCCCUAUGGCUCCUGGUAUAAAGCUGGCAUCCAUCCUGGCAUUACUGCUGCUCCAGCUAAUGCCACGUCCUCCUGGUGGGAUGUCCACCCCAACUCCAACUGGUUGUCAGCAACCCAGCCCCAGACGGACGGAGGCCUCCAAGCCUCUCUGCAGCCUGUGGCACCCCAGGCCUCCCUUAGCCCACAGCUGCCCAGUUACAGCACCGACUUUACGCCACUCAACCCAGCUCCUUACCCUUCUGUGGGACUGGGCUCCUCCUCGCACCUCCUGCAGCCCUCCCAGCACAUGCUGCCCCAGGACAUGUACAAGCCCAAGCCUGUGCCAAGUGCAGGGCUGAUUGAGAGUCCCAUGGGCCUAAAGCCUGCCAGGGGAUCAGGGAGCUACAGCGGAGGAAGUGCACCCACCAGGUCCUCAUGUGACUGCCCCAACUGCCAGGAGCUGGAGAGGCUGGGGGCCUCAGCUGCAUCCCUGAGGAAGAAGCCGGUCCACAGCUGCCACAUCCCAGGCUGUGGGAAGGUCUACGGCAAGGCCUCCCACCUCAAGGCUCACUUACGCUGGCACACUGGCGAACGGCCCUUUGUUUGCAACUGGCUGUUCUGUGGGAAACGUUUCACCCGCUCAGACGAACUGGAGAGGCACGUGCGCACCCAUACACGGGAGAAGAAGUUCACCUGUCUACUGUGCAACAAGCGUUUCACACGCAGCGACCACCUCUCGAAGCACCAGAAGACCCAUGCAGAUUCUGCAAUGCAGGGGAAAGCUGUAGCUGUGGAGGGAGAAACGGAUCCGCGGAGUGAAGAGACCACAGAGCUCAAUGCCAGCGCCGUACCCAGCAACCCUGUCACUGACCAAAUCGCCAAUGGAGAUGAGAAGACUGGAACACCUAAUGGAGUGGAGAACAGUAGUGGACUAUUGGAGAUCUGACUUCAUUAAGUCUUCUGUCCAAUUCUAUUUUGAGACAUGGUGGGUUUGUUUGUUUAUGGUGAAAAACUCACCUUUUAAUAAAAAAAGACAGUAUUUUGUUUCAAGACGUACAAAGGAUAUCAAACUGUCUUUGAAAAGACUUGAUAUGAUAAACGACUAAGCAUGUUGCAAGUAGCAAUCUGGACCACACACACGUGCCAAAGCCUGCAAACAUGCGCCAAUGGACAAAUGUGUGCAGACAGAUACAAAUAAACACAGAAAUAAAAGUAACCAAGCCAGGAUGUACAUGAUGACAAAUAUAACAAGCACAUGUGUACGUACACAUGUGCAGAAAUAACCAGGAGCAAAGGUGCAAGCAUAUAUACUGCACACACACACACACACACACGCUCAUACAUACAGCAUCACAUUUGCUGCCAUUCAAACGAGACAAACCACUGGGGAAAUUUAAUCUGCAAAAGCAGAAGGAAAAGAGCUCUGAAGCCACAAAAGGAAAGUAGUUUGAGAAGGAGACUUAUGGUUUAGAGGGGGGACGAUGGAGUUUGGGCAAUGGAUGCCUAGAGAAAAAUCUGAUUUACAGCUGUACUUUGAUACUUUAUUCAUUAUUCUUGAAACAAUCAUUGGACAGUCUUACUUACUGCUUCUUGUUGCCAAAGACAUUUUGUUGUAAAAGGUUUUGCAUUUCACUUUGUUUGCUGUUUGCUUCUUUCUAUGUCUAAUUUAAUAACAUAUUUACAUAAAUAAUCUAAUUUAUGUCUUAAAUUAUACACAUGGAAGAUUAUCUUGCACGCUGCGGGACUUAUAAUGCGUGACAUAAUGCAAGAUGGUUGAAAGUUGGCCAAAAUGAAAAUAAAAUACAUUAAAUUAAGAUUUUUUUUUCUUAUUUAUUAGUUAUAAUGUGUUUGGGGUUUUGUUUUUAGAGAUUUAUUUAUAGAUCUUGAAGUUAGAUGUGUGUGUAAACUAUUUCUCUAUAAUCUUUUAAUUGUGAAGUCUUCCACACCUGGCAAAGUAAUGAUUAAUAAGGGCUUCUCCUUGUUUGUACAUACUAUAUAUUUACAACAGUAUAUAGAUAUUGUUAGGUGUGUUAUUUUUCUACUUUAUACGUAUUUUCCAUGUUUUGUGUAACUUUCCAUGACUACAAAAAAAAAAAAAAAGAUCUCUAUGAUGCAUCAGUUAAAAGAAACAAGCAUAAGAGCUUAAUCUGUUGCUCGUGGUGGAACUGAACUACCACUGUUUUGUUGUGAAAUGAGUGUAUAAAGAUACUGUAAAUAGUGAUAAAGCAUUAAACCUCGUAAAGGUAAACAUGCUGUAAAAGUUGUGGUGUGGAGCCAUGACAAUGUUGGUGCUUUCAAAAGUAAAGAAAUUUCAAAAGCA